AUGAGGAUCCCCUUCGUAUCCUCGAACCACCGCUACGCGCCGCUGAGUGUCAAUGGCGUUACCGUUAGGCCCCACGCGUCGCCCACCGCAAUCGCUUCCAUAGCAUUCAUAGCUUCCUAUCUCCUCGCUAUAUUGUGCGUCCGCCAUUUCACGUGGCGCGACCCGACCUCCGUUUUCUUCGACUACACCCACGCUUACGAGCCUGUCUAUUCAGCUGUCCGGCAACGUCAAGCUGAAGCCUUUAUCGACGCUGCUGGUACCACCACGCCUCUCGCAAACAGGACGAGUACAUCUGGAAAGUCGCUUUGUGUGGGCAUAGCCUCUGUGGCCAGAGAGAAUGCUAGAUACUUUCGCACGACAGUCGGUUCGUUGCUCGCGGGUUUGGGCGAGGAGGAGAGGCAGGGGAUUCAUCUGAUAUUGUUCAUUGCCCACACCGAUCCCACCGUGCAUCCAGCAUACUCGGAGGCAUGGCUCCACAACGCGGCAGAUCAAGUUUUGGCCUAUGAUCUACCCGCGGCCGAGCUGGAACACAUCAAGAAGCUGGAGAAGGACAAAGGGCUGUUCCGUGAGAAGGCGCUGUUCGACUAUACGUAUCUGUUGAGGACAUGUUUGGCCGCUGGAACGCCAUACAUUGCGAUGUUCGAGGACGAUGUGAUAGCCAUGGACGGAUGGUUUCACCGAACUCAGCAUGCGCUGGACUUGGCAGAGAAGGAGACCGCGUUGAGGAACGCUGCGCUGGACUUCUUCUACCUGCGACUCUUCUACACAGAAGAGUUCCUCGGCUGGAACAGCGAAGAAUGGCGCACCUACCUAUUCUACUCUGCCCUCGUAGUGAGUAUAUCCGCCGCCAUCCUGCUCUCCAUCCGUCACAUCCGCCCUACGAAACUUGUCACCGACGCCCUCACCAACCGCAACAUCCUCAUCAUCUGCGGUAUCUGCAUUCCAGCAUACGUCCUCCUUUUCUUCGCCGCCGGUCGCGUCACCGUGUUCCCCCGCCCCCACGGGCUCAACGAGAUGAAUAAAUUCGGCUGCUGCUCCCAAGGCCUCGUCUUUCCGCGCUCACGGGCACAAGACCUCGCCGACUACUACACAUCCCGACAUCUCGGCUUCGUGGACAUGCUCACCGAAGAGUACGCCGACUCCCGCGGCGAAACUCGCUGGGCCAUUACACCGCCUGUGAUUCAGCAUGUCGGCCGCAGGAGCAGUAAGGGUGAUGAUUUUGGGAAGGCUAGCAAAUACCACAUGAGCGUGGCGGAGAAGUUGUGGAACUUUGAGUUUGAGAAAUACGAUGCUGAGAGUUUGGUAAGGGAGCAUUCGAGGGUUUUACAGAGAGGUGGUGGUUAG